GUCAGUGAUAUGAUGCAAAAUUCAGUCCGGCACCUCGCACACCAGAACCCAAAAUCGCAUUUCUCAUGCCGACCAAAACCAAGCAAAAGUUUGAACCCUUCAAUCUCCACCUAGACUUUAUUAACUUGAUUCCGAUCAUCGUUCCUCAUGUUGAUGGCCUCCCUCUCGGCAUAGAGACAACAACCGACGUUGCUCCUCCUCUGCAUCCCCUCGUCAUGACUGCCAUGGACCUUACAGAACCAACCAUUGAAGCUUCCCUUCGUGAACUCCAACCCCAGUUCGUCUUCUUUGAUACCUACCACUGGUUACUAAAGUUAUUAUGGAAGCUUGGUAUCAAGUUCGUACAUUAUUAUAUCGACCGUCCUACAACUAUUGGAUACUUUUGGCGUCCAGAAAGGAAGUUUUUGAAAAAGGGUUUGACGGCUGAGGAUCUCAUGCAGCUGCCAGAUGGUUUUCCUUUUUCAACAAUCAAGCUAAAUUCUAACGAAGCGCAAGUACUGGCUGCCAUCAGUGUUGGUGGGAUUUCAUUCAUGAAGCACCUAUUCAUCUGCUAUAAGGAAUGCAAUGCUAUUGCUUCCAGAACAUGUAAGGAGAUUGAAUGGCCUUAUUGUGAUUUAUCGAGAACUAAUUUAAACGGCCAAUGAUUCUUUGUGGACCGUUAAUCCCAGAAAGAACAUCUUUGGCAUUGGACGAAAAAUGGGAAACUUUAUUGGGAUUUUUACCUGCCAUCCUUACCAAUAAGCUGCACGUCGGUAA